CAAAUAUUGAGUUCAAUUCGCAGUUCUAAAUUCUUUUUAACAAUCUGUGGUCCGUGAUUCGUAAUUGACAACUAUAGUCUGUCACUUGUCAAUUAUAAAAAAGUCUAAAAUUGAAAAAUAGUAAAACCUAAAAAUGGCGUUUAGUUUCCCAGCCUUUUCUUACAUUAUAGCCCUAAUUGUUGACGCAUUCCUGAUAUUUUUCUCAAUAUUCCACGUGAUAGCUUUCGAUGAACUCAAAACUGAUUAUAAAAACCCAAUAGAUCAAUGUAACAGUUUGAAUCCCUUGGUUCUACCGGAAUAUUUGCUACAUUUAUUUAUAAACGUACUGUUCUUGUUAUCAGGAGAAUGGUUCUCGUUAUUGAUAAAUAUUCCAUUGAUUCUGUAUCAUAUACACAGAUACUACACCAGGCCAGUUAUGUCUGGCCCGGGUCUCUAUGACCCGACAAGCAUAAUGAAUGCGGACGUUCUGACUGUGUGUCAGAGAGAAGGCUGGAUCAAGCUUGCAUUCUAUCUUCUAUCAUUCUUCUUGUAUCUAUAUGGAAUGAUAGUUGUAUUAAUUGCAGCAUAAGUAUAGAAGAGAUAUAAGUGAGAACAUGUUUAUACAUCAUUAAGUCAUAAUUUAUUGUUAGUCUCUGUAGAAACGGCUGUACGGUGGGAAAGCGAACAAGCGCAAUGGCUGUCAAUGACUGUAAUGUGCACAUGAAGUAUUUUGAUAUUAAAACAUUUAAUAUAGUGUCAA